CUUCCGAACUAACCUCAAAAUAAUUAAAAACAUCAGAUUUAGAAAUCAUUAGAAUCAAUUUUCCAAUAUUAAUAUGAAUUCAAGCCAGCUUCUCCGCACAACAUGUAUUUCUCUGAUGCAAAGAGCGGGAUUCAAAUACUUUCCACGUCCAAGAGAUUUCAACCAUAUCGAAAUACCUGAGAAAGCCAAAUUGAAAUUUAUCGAUAAAGUGCCACAGUUUCCUCCUAGCAUAAGGCCCCCAAAAAUGCAAAAAAGAUUGAGGUACAUGAGAGGCCCUGAGGAAGUUCACAAUACUCUUCAGUAUAAACAGUACGGAAUAAUGGCUUUGGGUGGUGGACGAUUAAAAUGGAAUCAUUUUGAGAUGAUGCGUCUUACAGUAGGUAGAAAAAUGGAUAGUAAUAGAAUGUUUGCUGUUUGGAGAGUAGAUGCUCCUUGGCAGCCUGUGACAAAGAAAGGACAAGGACAAAGAAUGGGAGGUGGUAAAGGGGGUAUCGAUCAUUAUGUUACUCCCAUAAAAGCUGGAAGGAUAAUUUUUGAACUUGGGGGAAAAUGUGAAUAUGCUGAAGUUAAAGAUUUCCUUGAGGAUGUAGCUAGAAAGAUGCCUUUCAAAGCAAUGGCUGUUUCCCAAGAGAUUCUUGACCAAAUGAAAGCCGAUGAGAAAUGGGAACAGGAAAAUAAUAAGAAUAAAUUUACUAUGAAAUAUAUGAUACAGAAUAAUAUGGGUGGUUGUCACACCUGGCUAUCACCCUAUGAUUUUAAAUUCUUAGGAAAAUAUACAUAAGCCUUAAUAAAAUGAUGAGUAAA